UGUCUAAUCAACAGCGCUCUGUAAAAAUGUGGUGAAAAUUUUAAAUGUUUUCUGGCAAAUAUGCGAACAAUGCCAGUGAGCUAGCGGGGGAAGCGGUCCAACCUUAUCUUAAUAUAUCUUAAUUCGUGAUUAGAAAACAAGUUAACACCAUGAACUUAAAUAUUUAAAUAUCUUAGUUCAUAUUUUCAUACUAGUUACCAAGUUGAAAAUUUUAAGACGAUUGAUCUGUUUAAUCUGUUUGGUUGACAAUUAUAAUAUUUUAUUUCUACUAGCUUACUGAUUACUAUUUGGCAGGACAUACACAAAAUAAAUAAGUAUGUAUAACAUUUUCAUUUCAGUUUUCUUUAGUAUUAAAUUAUAUGGUAUACAUAUAUAUAAAUGUAUAUAACCAUUUAUUUCCACCAGUAAAAGAUGUUUUUCUUAUUAAACCAACUUUUUUUAGAUAAAUACAAUGUAAGGGGGAGGGUAGAUUCCUCUUCCCGUGAAAAACAUAAUGCGACUGUAAACAUAUCAUUCCACCACUAAUUAAUUAUAAAUAUAACUAUGAACAACAAAAACAAACUUUAAAUCCAUUUUUUAUUAAUAUUUUGUAUUAUUUAACCUCAUGAAAAUAUUUACUAUUAGAAUUUUAAAUAAAUUAAGUUUUUUCAUUAAUUUAUAGUAAUACUGAUUUUAUGGUUUCCAAAACACAGGUAACGGUAUAAAGCGAUCUAUAAUAAUUUUUGUGACCUAUACAUGCAGUUCACUGAUAGGUUCAUAGAAUUAUCAACAUAAUAAUACACACAAAUAAUUUGAAUUACAUGAGUAUUAUAAAAUAAAAAAAAGUAUUUUUCUUCUUGUGCUUAUCUGUUUCGGAUGUUAGUGACCUGCAUGACUAUCACCGUUUUGUCUGCAGCUGCUCUAAUGAGUUCAAUCAAUGUUUUGUUAAACCUUGCCUCUAUGAUGUUCAUGGACGCCCUGGACUUCUUCUUCCAUUAAUUCUUCCUUGAAUAAUGAUCUACAGCAAGCUGUAUUUUGUUUUAUUUCUCAUAAUAUGACUGAGAUAUUUUAGUUUGCGGAUCUUUAAAGUAUUGAAGAGCUCUUUCUUUUUAUUCAUUCUUCUGAGUACUUCCUGGUUGGUUAUAAUAUGUUGUACCUAUGAUAUGCAAAGUAUUCUUCUAUAUAUUUUCAUUUUGAAAGCCUCUAUUUUUUUUUUAUACAUUGCCUCAUUUAGUGUCCAAUAUUCGGCCCCAAACAACAGGAUAGAGAAUAUAUAACAUUUUAGGAGUCUUAUUUUUAUUGUAAUAAUGAUAUGACUAUUGAAGAGUUUACUAAUUUUGUUAAAAGCUGCUGUGGCUUUUAUUAUUCAGGUUUUGGUUUCUUAUGAUAUAUCCCAGUUCUUGUUAAUUAUUGUUCUUAGAUAUGUUGGGUGUUUUACUCUUUAUAUGAUUUGGUUGUUGAUCUGUAAAACAAUAGUAAAUAUAAUAAAAAAGUUUUGUUUCAAAAAUAUUGCAUAACACUCAAAGGCAUGUACGUAGUAUGUAGUAAUAGUCUACAGAUAACUGACAGUAGAAUCAAGAGUAUUAUUUGGGAUAUUUCUGUGGGGGUCAAUUUGAUAGUUAUUAAUGCAAGUUGCUGGUCAAUCAUUAUUUGCGUGACAACUCAUUAAUAUUUUACAUUGUGUGAAAUUCUUGUAACAGAAUUGUAUUAUCAAUAUUAUUAAAUUGUAGAUCACAAAAAUUAUGAUAUUUUGUUUAAGACAUAAUUACCAAAAAAAACAGUCAACAUAGAUAUAGUUCUAUGACAACAAACUUUAUUACGUACACAAAGUAAUCUGUAGUUUUUUUGAUUAUAGACUUGGUUCUGCUGAAUGUUUUUAUAUUUUGUAUCUAUAGUAAUUUAAUAAAAUUGUGCUGUUAAGUUAUGAAUAUAAUAAAACAGAUUAAAGAGGGGUUAAAUUCUUCUCCUACAUAUAUAUUUUUUUGGGAGGGGAUAAUAACAGGUCCCAGGAGAUUUCUUACAUUUUAAAGGUUCCCUUUCCUCUAUGUAAAUAAUAGUUUUUGUAUCACUGUAUACUUCAAAUGAAAUAACAAAUGUAUUAGGAUUAAAUAAUUUAUGUAGUUAUUGACUACAAUAUUUUUUAAUUCACCAACUGAAUUGAAAUUUUGAAUUAUUGCAUUGUAUAAAUAAUGAUAUGCAGAGUAAUUUAAAAUAAUAAUAUUUAUUAAUGUUAGCCAAAACUUAAUAACCAUAAUACAAUUUUUGUUGGUCAACUAAUUCUUGUGAACAGCUUGCUAUAGUUAUACUAUGAAACCAGGUUGUCAGUUACCUAUGCUGAGGCUAAGUAAAUAAUGUAGUAAAACAAUUGCUGAUAGAUUGGGUAAGCUUUCUUUAGAUAUUGUUUGAGUAUAUUAUAUUAAUACACACAAGAUAAUGAAAUUCAAUAACAAUAUUAUUAAAAAAACAUAAUUAAAAUUUAUUAACAUUAAACCCAAUUAUGUUUUAAUGAAAUUAUAUUUGUACCUAGUAGAGUAAUAUGUACAAUAAAGCUUAUAAAUUAUAAAUUCUGAUUUGUAUUUAUUUAAAUGUUUUUUUCAGAAUGAAUUUUCUAAGUAGUUUAUUCACUAAGGCAAUUCGACCAUCUACAAUAAACAAUACUCCUAAAAUAUUAUCAGUUAUUCAGUCACCUUCAAUUACUAGUCUAUCUUUAAUCCCUUCAAGAGGAUUCAAAGUUUUUGGUAAAGUGAGAAGGCGUUGCAAGGAUUGUUACUUAGUCACCAGAGAUCAAAGAGUAUAUAAUUUAUGUAAAACUCAUCAAAAACACAAACAAAUGAGUAUCAGACACACAGAUAAGGCUUAUUAUAUUCUCACUGGUGUGCAGCAAAAGAAACAAAGAGAAUGGUGAUUGAAUUGACUAUAUGUUAUAACAUAGUUGUAAGUUUUGAAGUUAGUUAUAUAUUAUGUGAAGAAGAAAUUAAUUACCUAAUAAUUAAAUGUUUAAAAGUUGUUAUUUGUUUUAUUUUUUACCAUAAUAAAAUUUAAAAAAUGUAACACUUCAUUUAGAAUGUAAAUUUGUUUUUCAAUUAUUUAAUUUUUAGGUGUAUUCAAAAUUAUUACGCUAACUCUUUCGAUGUGCAACAAUUUUUUAUUUUAGAUUUUGAGUGAAACAAAAAAUUGAUUAGUUUUACAAUUUUUGUUUUUUAUUUCUACCUGUAGUUGUCAAAGUUUUAGAGGGGUUCUUGGAAAUAGAAUAUUUAUAUGUUUAUUAUAAUUGUUUAAAUAAUAAGGAAAACUGUUAAAAGUUACUUAUAGCUAUAUAAAGAACAAUCCAUAUUAUCCUAUUCUGGGGUGCUAAGCACCCCAUGAAAUAAAGAGAAGACGGACAUAUUUUGAACGCACAGAGACACUGUUUUAGAUGUAAAGUUAGGAAGGUAAUAGAGGAGAAAUUUAAUUUGUAUCUGUAAGCAAUGAUAAACCAUUGCUAAUGAAAAAAUUAUUCUGAGCAAAGUUCAGUUUAUAGUGUGGCUUUGUCAACAUAGAUAUUUCAUAUUAUGGUAAAAUUAUUAAUUACAUAGGUAGGUAGGCAUUAUAUAUUUUCUUUAAUAAUAUUUGUUUAAUAUUGUACCUAUUUUCCUGUUUUUCCUAU